AUGCGUGCCGCUACUCUCCUCCUCGUCGCCCUCUCGGCUGUGGCUCUCGCCCUCCCUACCACCAACAACGUCGAGCGUGCCGCUGCUGACGCCAACGUCCGUCAGAUGGACGAGCUUACCGUUGCUGCUAUCAGCAAGUAA